GGAGCCGCCAUAAGAGCUACCUACCUAUCAUAUCCAUAUCUUUCUCUACACAGCAAUAUACCUAGCAGAUUUCAUCUCUCUUCACUCUAUUUUUCUCUACAUGGUAUCAGAGCUACGAGAGGUAAGUGGAAUCUGCUAAAUUUCAUUGCUUUAAUAUUGUGUAGAAAAUACUUAAAUCUGGUUUCCUAGUUCUUAGCUAAGUUACCUGAGUUAGAAGUGUCUUCUUCUUCUGCAAAGAUUAAGUCUUUCUUCAUUUAAGCUUCUUUUCUUGCAUUAUGCCUGAUAAAGAAACUUCAAAAACCACCAUAGAACCAAACAACCCUCUGUAUCUUCACCCUUCUGAUGGUCCAAACACCUUGAAGGUGGACUGUCAGUUGACAGGGGCUGCUGAUUACAGACCAUGGAAAAGAUCCAUGGAAAUAUCUCUUGCUACCAAGAGAAAACUAGGCUUUGUUACUGGAGCUUUAACAAAGUCUAGCUCAGAUCCUGUUCUGAAAGAAGCCUGGGAGGCCUGUAACAGUAUGGUUACAGCUUGGCUCCUCAAUAACAUGACAGAGUCCAUAAGAAGGUCUGUCAUGUACAUGAAAUCUUCCAAGGAAAUAUGGUUGAGUCUUAAACACAGGUUUACUGUGAGCAAUGGGAGCAGAAAAUAUAGACUGAACAAACUCACAUAUGAAGUGAAACAAAAUGAAAGACCUGUGUCUGAGUACUACACAGAUCUAAGAGUGCUUUGGGAAGAAAUAGAGUCUAUGAACGACUACCCAGCAAUUACAAGUGUAACACCUGAAGUGACUGCAUACAUAGAAGCUAUUGACCAACAGAAGGAAGAACAAAAAUUGUUUCAGUUCCUUAAUGGUUUAGACCUUGCAUAUGGGUCCUUGAAGAGUCACAUUCUGCUUAUGAGUACUCUACCUACUGUAGAAGGUGCUGUGUCUAUGGUUCAGCAAGAAGAAUGUCAGAGUGAGAGUACAAGGAAUGAAAAGGAAGAAGUCACCAGUGUAGCUCUAUACAGUAAGAAUGAAAAUAAAACUUACUGUACUGUGUGCAAAAAGAACAACCACACUGCUGAUAAGUGUUGGUUUAAGAUAGGUUUUCCUAUCAAUCACAACAAGAACAAACAAGGAAACAAGCAAUUUGAUGGCACACAGGAGAGUAGAAGUAACUAUGGAAAAGGGAAGAAUCAAAGCUACAAUGCCAGUGGUCAGCACUACAAGAAGAAGAGUGGUUAUAGUGCCCAGAUGAGUGGAGGUAAUGCUGACCUUGCCACUGCCAUUGCUCAACAACUGAAAGAAAUGAUGAAGCUAGGUCCCAGUUCAAGUAAUCUGGCCAGUAAGCAGAAACCUGAUGAUACUGAUGAUGAAAUAGAUGAGCAUUUUGCAGGAUUGCACAACACAGAGAAUUAAGGACAUAGGAACUGCCACUGGGGGACUCUAUUAUCUACAAAAUCAACCCUUCACCAUCCAAGACUCAAGAACCAGUUUGAAAUCCACCUACAUUCAACCAGCUUAUGUUUCUAAAAUACCUAAGGCUAACAGUAGUCACUGUAGUAAUGUGAAUGUAACUCACAGUUGUGAGAAACUUGUUGUUGAUCCUAAAUGUACUUUGGCUAACAAAGUGUGUAAUGUUUCUAAUGUUUGCAAUGCAAAAACCCUUGAUUA